AUGAUCUACAUUGCAUCCAAAAUGCGCGUAAGCUUAAUUAGGGAUUUUUUUAUGUCCGACAAUUGACAAAAAACUGACCGAAUAUCACGGCAUAUUUGUUUACCGAAACAAAUCUCCCAAAACUGUGUGGUGGUUUGGAAAGUGACCGACUAAGUCAAUGCGUAAAGAAGUAAUUGCAAUUCAAACAAGGUUAGACUGAACUACACGUGCCACGGAGUCGCACGAGUGCUGCGGCAUUUAUAGGAUGCAGUUGCUAAUCUACUGUAGGCAUAUCACAAUUGGCGGGCCUCACAUUCAUCGCAGAUGGUCGCAAUUGGUGCGAUAGUCGCCUCAUUGCCGCAUCAAUCAUCAAUUAUCCAAGACAGCUUGUGACAUUUUCUUCCCCAUCACUUUUAAGCGUCCGGAAUUGCAUUUGUGAAAAUGGCGUCCUGGGAGGUUUUACUGUAGUUGGUUGACAUUCUGACAAUCUUGAAGAUGUCCGCCAUUUGUAUAUGUAGUUCAAAGUACCCAAACGACUACCCAAACGACUCUUCUACGGAGACGUCGCGACGGGUUCUCGUCGUCAAGGAGGCCAAAUUCGCCGUUACAAAGAUACUCUUAAGUCCUCCCUGAAGCGCCUGCACAUCAACCCGACCACUUGGGAAGAGCUCGCCCGCGAUCGUCCGACAUGGAGGAGAACAGUGAAGACGGGCGCUGCCAUCUACGAAGCCAACCGCAUCGCCGCCGCCAAAGUGAAACGCGAAGUCCGCAAAUCACAACUUCGCCCAAUACGCAACGCCGCCGCACAACCUCUCCCUACGUGUCCUCGAUGUCAACGGACAUUCCGGGCACGAAUCGGACUUGUUGGACAUCUUCGAACCAACUGCACCUCUCGAACUGCUCCAGCCAUCGUCCCCGCGCCCGCCUCUUCCUCGUCCUCUCUUCCGCCAACUAACUCUGACACUCCUUCUGCACCACCACCUCCAUCCUCCUCCUUCUCCUCCACUGCCCCAGCGGUGGCCGUUCAGGCUGCCGUCUCACACAUCGCCAACCACGACACAGCAACCGCAACCACCCCACCUGCCCUCACUGCGACCGCACCUUCAUCUCUCACAACGGCCUGGUCGGUCACUUGCGAAUCCAUCGCACAGAGACUGGUGAACCAGUGCCUGGAGCACCAACCUACACCCACCGCACUCGCCUCCACUGCCCACAAUGUCCUCGCACCUUCCGGCAUCGCAUGGGCCUAUUCGGCCACAUGCGCAUCCACGAGAGCGGAAUUGACCGCAGCCUUGACACACCCACCCCGCCGAGCCCCACUCCCAAUCCAUCACCUUGUGCACCCACUAACCACUCCCCAGCCGACAUCGACGCCACCGACCUUACCACCCCUCACUCCCCCCCUUCCUCCUUCACUGCCACAACGACGGCCACUCCGGCGUCUGUAG